ACAAAAUAUUUUGAUAUUAUUCAGGUAAAAUUCAUUUUUAAAUUAUGAAGAAUGAGAAACAGCAGAUUAGACACACGACUAGACUGAAUCAUUCAGUGAAUAGAGCUCUGAGCCAGCCAGUUGGGCACGUAGUAGUACCGUACCUGAGGCUGAGGCCGCGCCCAUGUCGGCCGCGCUCGCGCUAGACCGGCAUCCGUACCGAGCUAGCUAGCUGGCAGCGCAAGCUAAGUCACGAGCUGAGACUUGGUUAGAGAACGGCUUAAACUAGUUACAGCCUUACAGUUGACUUUCGUCAAAGAUCAGUUAAUAGUGAUUCAAAUCAUGGAUUGUAAUGCAUACAUUUAUUUGAGUGUCAUAUUAGAGUUUGAAAGCUCACCACCAGAUAUUGAGGAGAGGAUGUUUGAGGUAAUUGUGAGUUUGGCAUUAAAGCAACUUCAUGGUGACGUUGGAGUGGCAAUUCUGGUAGAUCUUGUGAUGUAUGAUCCUGAAAAUAUUCAGGGAAUCCUUAAAGUUCGUCAGAGUGAUUUGGUCAAGCUCUGGAGUGCUUUGACACUUUAUGGAUGUUUUGAAGACCAGAGAUGUGCUUUCAUUGUAAGAAAGGAGUCCACUGAUUUCAUCCCUCUGUUGGACACCAGCAAACACAGCAUAUCAGAGCUCGGUGGAUGUGGAUGAGAGGACUUGUGAGAAUUCAACUCACCAGAGAUGAGUAAUGGAAAUAUAAGCUGGGUAAUGGAUGGAAGCUACCACAUACCUUGCGAAUGGACUGCAACUCGACUUUGGAUAGUCAUACUAUUUGAUGUGAACAUUAAAACAUAACACUAUCAAAACUGAAAAUACAAGCAAAUAAAUCAUUUGAAUUGAAUGCUUAAGGAUGCAUCAUGAGAUGGAUCAUUUGGACACUCACUUUCAAGAUGAAGCUUUCCAACCAAGAGCGUGCAAGAGCAAUAGGAAUUGCAGUCUGGGCAGUCAUUUAGACAAGUGGCUCGAUAUUUCCAAGUUUCACCAACAACAAUUUCAAAUUUGAACCAGCGGUAUUCGACUACUGAUGAAGUUAGAGACCGCCCUAGGAGUGGUUGACAUAGCAUAGGGCCACCACCCCUGCAGAAGAUAGGAUAAGGAUAAUUUUCUUUUGCUUAUGCCAAGAUACUGAAAUUUGACAUUUUUU